UUUGUUGUUGUUGUUGUCUCAUACCUUAGUUUCUUCCUCCAAAAUCACUCUUCCCAUAAGACACACACUCACUUUUUGACUCCUAAAUGCACUAAUACCAUCAUCAUCGUCAUCAUCAGUUUUUAACCAUGAACAACUUAAAAGACAACAACAGACCACCCCCCAUUUUCAGCCACCAUCCAACACCCUGCACCCGCACACACCAGAUCGGAGCUCUUGCUUUAAUUGCCAUUACUUUCUUCAUCACAAGACUCUUAACAACCCCAUCAUUUUCUUCUUCUUCUUCAAAUAAUAAUCGAUUAUUUGAAGAUGGUUUAAGUUCGUGGCCCCACAGAGGUUAUGGAUCAUAUAUAGAUAUAAAGAUAUAUGUAUAUGAUGAAAACGAAAUCGAUGGAUUGAAGUUGUUGUUGUACGGACGUGAUGGUACUAUUUCUCCUCAGUCUUGUCUCAAAGGCCAAUGGGGCACCCAGGUCAAGAUACACAGGCUUCUACUUAAAUCAAGGUUCCGUACCCAUAAUAAAGCAGAGGCAGAUCUAUUCUUCGUACCAUCAUAUGUAAAAUGUGUUCGAAUGAUGGGAGGUCUUAAUGAUAAAGAGAUAAACCAAACUUAUGUCAAGGUAUUAAGCCAAAUGCCAUAUUUUAGGUUAUCAGGUGGGCGUGACCACAUAUUUGUGUUUCCAAGUGGUGCAGGGGCUCACUUAUUCAAGUCAUGGGCUACUUUUAUAAACCGCUCAAUAAUCCUAACUCCUGAGGGGGACCGGACAGAUAAACGGGACACAAGUGCAUUUAAUACAUGGAAAGAUAUUAUUAUUCCUGGGAAUGUUGAUGAUGGUAUGACGAGUAACGCGGUAAGGCUGGUAGAGCCAUUACCAUUAUCAAAGAGGAAAUACUUGGCAAAUUAUUUAGGUCGAGCACAAGGAAAGCUUGGUCGUCUUCAGUUAAUAGAUCUUGCCAAGCAAUUCCCAAACAAGUUGGAAUCUCCAGAGUUGAAGUUCAGCGGUCCUGAAAAAUUGGGGAGGACUGAUUACUUUUUACACCUGCGCAAUGCUAAGUUCUGCUUGGCUCCUCGUGGCGAGUCGUCUUGGACUCUUCGCUUCUACGAGUCUUUUUUUGUGGAGUGUGUUCCUGUGCUAUUAUCAGACCAUGCAGAGCUGCCAUUUCAAAAUGUUGUUGAUUACUCCCGGGUAUCAAUUAAAUGGCCAUCUUCACGAAUUGGCACUCAACUUUUGGACUAUUUGGAGUCUAUACCAGAUAAACACAUAGAGGAGAUGAUAGCUCGUGGCAGAAGCAUACGAUGCUUAUUGGUUUAUGGUCCUGAUUCAGAGCCCUGCUCUGCGUUUAGUGGGAUAUUAUGGGAACUCCAGAGAAAAACAAGGACAUUUCACCAGUCACCUGAAACAUUUUGGCUACAUAAUGGGUCCGUAGUUAACCGAGACUUGCUGGACUUUUACAAAUGGAAACCACCAAUGCCUUUGCCUUAAGUUGUAGUUCACUUAUAAGAAUACAAACUAUUAGUAACGACCUAAUAUUAAGUAGAUCUGUAGAUGUAAGAAACUAAAUUUUUGUAGAUCUCUUCACCCAUUUCUAGGGUGUUUUUUUUAUUCAUGAGUCGUCGUGUCAUACACACUUAAUUUGAUUGAUUUGUUGUAUCAUAAUAGUGAGAAAUCUAAUUGACCAUUUAUAUA